AUGAACUUGUUGCAAUCAACCACCAACUGGUGGAGAAUCCAUGGAACCUUGCGAACUCUGUACCUACUGUUUUUGGGUCAGGUCGUCUCCUUUGUUCUCGCACUCAUGAGCCUCACUUCCUCUCUCAUAGCCACUCUCGGUGUGGAUACGCCUAUUACACAGACUAUGUCUACUUACUUGGGUUUGGCUUUGAUUUAUGGGAGCAUCUUGGUGUAUAGGCGUGAGAAGCUACGGGUUUCUUGGUAUUGGUAUCUACUCUUGGGGUUUGUUGAUGUUCAGGGGAACUAUCUUGUGAACGAAGCAUACCAGUUCUCAUCAAUUACAAGUGUGACACUUUUGGACUGUUUCACAAUAGCUUGGGUCUUAAUUUUGACGUGGAUCUUCCUACGCACUCGAUAUUCCCUAUGGCAAUUGUUUGGAGCAGCCACCUGUGUGGUGGGCCUUGGUUUAGUGCUUCUUUCUGAUGCCGGGGUGGGUGGUGGAGGUGGCUCAAAACCUCUUCUAGGGGACAUACUUGUCAUCGCAGGAACCAUUUUCUUUGCCAUGAGCAAUGUUGGUGAGGAGUUUUGCGUUAAGAAAAAAGAUCGUGUUGAAGUAAUUUGCAUGAUCGGUGUUUAUGGAUUUCUAGUGAGUGCAUGUCAGAUGUCUAUCCUGGAAUUAAAGACUCUGGAAUCAGUUGAGUGGUCUACAGAUAUUAUAUUAGCCUUUGCUGGUUAUGGUGUAUCGGGCUUGUUGUUCUACACACUUGCUCCACUUGUUCUCAAGCUGAGCGGAGCGACAUUACUGAAUCUCUCUAUUCUCACAUCUGAUAUGUGGGCAGUUGUCUUUCGCAUCUUUUUAUAUCGCCAGCAGGUAGACUGGUUAUACUAUCUAGCGUUUGCAGUUGUAGUUAUCGGACUCAUCAUUUAUUCAUUAACGGAAAAAGAUCCAGUUCCUGUACCUGAACUUGAAAAUGGAAACCCCAGCUUGGAAUACCAAGUUCUUGAAGAUGAAAGUGCUGCUACACCAAGAAAUCAAGCUUUGACUUCGGAUUGGCUCAACUGUACCAGCAGACAUAAGUGGGAAGACAUGCAUUCUAACUUCUAUGCUAAUACAUCUACCAACAGCAAUGACAACCUCCACUUUUUGGAAAGAGGAUGCCAAUUAUAG